GUUCCUCUAAUUAGCUCACCGUGUCUGUCAAAGAAGUCAGUGCAGCGACAUUACCACCGCUCAACAGCAGCACGCGCCUCUUUACCUGCUCGUCCUGGCGCGCCAAAAAGCGCGCUUUGCGGUGUUCCACACUGCUGUGGACAAUUGUCUAGAGAAGCGCACUUCACAUGUUUGUGGUUUUGACAAAGCAGAAAAGUGAGAAACGGUAAAAGGAAAAACAAUUGACAAGAACUUUGAGAGACCUCAAGUAUCCUCGUCACUUUUACGCACUUGGAGUGGUCGAUUUGGAGCAGAACGGAAAAGCCAAGUAAUUUUAGCAACAAAAAGGGACUGGUGAGAAGUAGGCAAAUUUCGGAAGAAACUCUGGUCCCACUCGUGUGUUUGUCAAUUCAGAGAGACGAUCGAGUGAGUGAGAAGGCAUAAAAGCUCAGUGCAAGAAUGAUGUCCUACAUUAAGCAACCCCAUUACGCUAUGAACGGGUUAAACAUGCCUGGGAUGGACCUGUUACACACCACGGCUGGAUACCCAUUCUCUAUGUCUCUGGAUUUCUCAGCCACUCCGCGGAAGCAGCGCCGUGAGCGCACCACCUUCACACGCACCCAGCUGGACAUCCUUGAGGCCCUCUUCUCCAAGACACGCUACCCCGACAUCUUCAUGAGGGAGGAGGUGGCCCUCAAGAUCAACCUCCCUGAGUCACGCGUACAGGUCUGGUUCAAAAACCGUCGUGCCAAAUGCCGGCAGCAGCAACAGCAAAGCAGUGGCCAGUCCAAGCCCCGCCCACCCAAGAAGAAGACUUCACCCACCCAGGAACAGCCCAGCACUGGCCCUGACCCAUCAGCCAACAACCCCUCUGGCUCUUACAGCCCCUCCCCUGCCCCAUCGGGCCCCUCCCUGCCCCAAAGUGGCAACAACCCUGGCAAUGCAGCCGUCUCCAUCUGGAGUCCGGCCAUCUCGCCACUCCCUGACCCUCUGGCCUCCUCGGCGCCCUGCAUGCAGCGGCCCUCUGCAUACCCCAUGAGCUAUGGCCAGCCACAGGGCUACUCACAGGGUUAUGCCGGCACCUCCUCUUACUUCACAGGCCUGGACUGCGGUGCAUACCUUUCGCCCAUGCAUUCACAGCUUUCAGCUAGUGGUGCUCUCAGCCCCAUCACCGUGCCCUCCAUGGGGGGGUCACUGAGCCAGUCACCAGCCUCACUCUCCUCCCAGGGCUAUGGUACAGCUGCCUCGCUGGGCUUCACCUCUGUCGACUGCCUGGACUACAAAGACCAGCAGGCCUGGAAGCUGGGCUUCAGCACCAUGGACUGUUUGGACCACAAGGACCAGAAUUCCUGGAAGUUCCAGGUGCUGUAGAGAGAGGAGGGGGACGAAGAAGAUGACGAAGAAGACGAAGAAGUAGAAGCGGAAUUAUUUAUGAAUGUGGCCCUCGUCAGAAGUACAAUUAAAUACGAUCAAAUUAUUCUGACUGAGAACUUUUCUUCUUUUUUUUCUCAGUUUGUCGUAAGCUUGGUUUUUCCAACCCCUGUAGAAUGUGUUUUCUAUUCAGGGCAGAGAGGAAAAGAGAGAAGAUCCAGAGACAUCAUUGAUACCUGACUGUGAAUGCAGGAUAUCGGGUCCAUUUACUUUCUCAUACAGUAGAAGGGAAGGAUGAACCUUAGGAUCAAACUAUAUGGGAAAGAAACUCAACUAGAAACUGAUUUACACACAGGCCGUGGUCUAGAUGCAUUGAUUGGUCUGUCAUCGAAAGACAUCCUCAAGAGAAUUCUACUGAUACAACCACGCUAUACUAAAUCUUUCCUCUGUUCUUUUUUUCUGCUGUUGUUGACUUGACUUUUGUUUUCAAGAAAAACAACAAUAGAUCAAAUUUACAGAGCUUUGAUACUCUCUUAGUCUCUCUCUUUUUUGUUCUGAAAGACCAUCAGUGUUAAUUUGAGUUUAGUCAUCGUUAUUCUAUACUGCAAUUUAGAUUUUAAUUUGAAUACUUUUAGGCUUUUGGAGCUAAUGUGUUACUAUGGUGUUAGGCUAGCAUCAUUGCUAUUAUAUUUAAAUGGGAAAAAAAAGUAUAUGUUUUGUUGUGUGAAGUAUUAAAACUAACAUUUAAUCCAUCUA